UAAGGGUGGGGCAGCCUUGGGGCGCUGCGGGGUCAAGCGCAGCCCUUCCCUCUCCUCCUCUUCCUCACCCUUCCCAUGCAGGACAGCCAUGUGCGUGGGGAAGUGCAGCCGGAUCGUGGGUCCCUGCCUGCUGGUGCUGGGCACGCUCUCCGUGGCAGCCAGCAUCCUCCUGCUCUUCCCUGGUGGAGCAUCCAAGUACCUGCGGGAGGGGCGCAUCAGCAGCCACGCCAAGGCUGUGCCCGGCGUCUGGGGCGGCGGCAUCGCCGUGCUGCUGGCAGCGACCCACAUCACGGCGCUGGGGUGGCAGCGCUCCGGCACCCGGCACAAAGCGUUCAUCUCCGUGGUGCUCUCCAAGCUGGCGCUCCUGGGUGCUGCUGCCUGCUUUGUCCUCUCUGGGGUGGGUCUGACCAAUGGCCCCCUCUGCUUCUACAACACCACCGAGCUCGGCCUCAGGCACGGAGCCCUCUGGGGCUACCCCUUCCUGGAUGCCAUUGACCAGGGGCCUGAUGCCAGGGCUGACAACUACCUGUACAAUCGGAGAACCUGGAGCAUCUGCCUGGAGCCUGAGGGCAUUGUCACCUGGCACGUGGUCCUGUUCUCCCUCCUGCUGCUCAUCAGUGUGGCCGAGAUGGUGCUGGCCUUGCUCCAGAUCCUCAAUGGCUGCCUCGGCUGCCUCUGUGGCUUCUGUGAGGGGAAGUAG